CACAACAUCAACAACAUCAACAACAUCAACAACAUCAACAACAACAACAACAUCAACAACACCAUCAACAUCAACAACAUCAUCAACAUCAACAACAUCAACAACAUCAACAACACAUCAACAACAUCAACAACAUCAUCAACAUCAACAACAUCAACAACAUCAUCCAACAUCAACAACAUCAACAACAUCAACAACAUCAUCACCAUCAACAACAUCAACAACAUCAACAACAUCAACAAUAUCAACAACAUCAACAACACCAUCAACAUCAACAACAUCAUCAACAUCAACAACAUCAACAACAUCAACAACAUCAACAACAUCAACAACAUCAACACCAUCAACAACAUCAACAACAUCAACAACAUCAACAACAUCAACAACAUCAACAACACAAUCAACAUCAACAUCAUCAACAUCAACAACAUCAACAACAUCAACACCAUCAACAACAUCAACAACAUCAACAACAUCAACAACAUCAACACCAUCAACAACAUCAACACCAUCAACAACAUCAACAACAUCAACACCAUCAACAACAUCAACACCAUCAACACCAUCAACAACAUCAACACCAUCAACAACAUCAACAACAUCAACAACAUCAACAACAUCAACAACAUCAACAACACCAUCAACAUCAACAACAUCAACAACAUCAACAACAUCAACAACAUCAACAACAUCAACAACAUCAACAACAUCAACAACAUCAACAACAUCAACAACAUCAACAAU